AGAAUAAGAAGAACCUGCUACACCGGAAGUCCGAUGUUUCUCGUAAAGGGCUACACCACAGAACAGUUUUGAGGUUGACGCGUUGAUUCGAAGUGUGGUGCCGAAGGAACAGUGCGCGGAAUUUCAGGCUUACUUCUUUGGCCAAGGGAAAAUCAGCCGAUUGUGUACAACUACGUCUUACAAAACGAAGGAGGUUAAUUGUCUGUUUAUCAGCGUUCGCUCUGAUCUGGAAGUGUAUUAUGUGCUGUGUGUAGCCAUGGCGGCCUCAUCGGAGGAGGUGCUCUUGGUGGUGAAGAGGGUCCGGCAGAAAAAACAGGAUGGCACUCUAUACCUGAUGGCAGAGAGGAUCGCAUGGGGCCAAGAUGGCAAGGACCGCUUCACUGUCAGCCAUCUUUAUGCAGAUAUUCGUUGUCAAAAAAUCAGCCCUGAUGGCAAGGCCAAGAUCCAGCUGCAACUGGUCCUCCACUCUGGGGAAAGCACCACGUUCCACUUUGCAAACGAGACCAGUGCCCUCCAGGACCGUGAUGCAACCAAGGAUCUACUGCAACAACUUCUUCCCAAGUUCAAAAAGAAGGCCAACAAGGAACUGGAGGAGAAGAACCGAAUGCUCCAGGAGGACCCAGUGUUGUUCCAGCUCUACAAGGACCUAGUGGUGAGUCAGGUGAUCAGUGCAGAGGAGUUCUGGACCAAUCGGUUGAGCUUAAACUCCAUGGACCACUCCCUUACGAACAGCAAGCAGGAAGUUGGCAUCUCAGCAGCUUUUCUGGCUGACAUCAGGCCACAGACAGAUGGCUGCAAUGGGCUGAGAUACAACCUAACCUCUGAUAUCAUUGAAUCCAUCUUCAGAACAUAUCCUGCAGUGAAACAGAAAUAUGCUGAAAAUGUGCCUCACAACUUGACUGAGAAAGAGUUUUGGACCCGGUUCUUUCAGUCUCAUUACUUCCACCGAGACCGGAUCAGCACCGGGCUGCAGGACCUCUUCUCCGAGUGUGCCAAGCAAGAUGAGAAAGGUCUAAAGUUGAUGGUGGUUCAAGGAGUGAAGAACCCACUGGUGAACCUGCUGUGUCUGGAGGACAAGUCGCUUGAUGAGGGUUAUGGGAUUGCCACAGCAUCCUCUGCCUCACUGGGAAACAAGGUCAAGGAGAAUAACAAUUCUGCCAUUAUCAAACGCUUCAACCAUCAUAGUGCCAUGGUGCUUGCAGCUGGAUUACGUAAACAGGAAGCUGUCAGUGACCAGACUAGUGAAACCAGCAGCAUGGAUGGAAACUCCAGGGACUCUGACUAUUUCCAGCCACCCGUCAAGAAGGUGAAGUUGCAGGAAGCAAUUGAGUAUGAGGACCUACAGGGUAGGACUGUGCAGAAGAUGGUCACCCUAAACUUGAAGAGAUCUGACAGGUACUUUCACGGGCCUGUGCCCUUGCAGUCCCAAAAUUAUACCACCAGCCAGGACAUCAUCAACUCUGUUAGCUACAUUCAGCAUGAGAUGGCCAGCUACAAGCCCUGUCUGACUCAGGUUAUUUCCAGCAAUUCAGCCAGCUCUGCCAUUGUAGACCUUUCCCCCGGCGGUGUCCUUAUGCAGGCAGGGGCACAGCAAGCCAUAAACCACAUGGUACCCAACAAUGAGGAGGCAGAGCUGAAACAUUUGUACAUGGCAGCCGGAGAGCUACUACGGCACUUCUGGUCCUGUUUCCCUGUCAACACCCCCUUUUUGGAGGAGAAGUUGGUGAAGAUGAGGUCCAACCUGGAGAAGUUCCAGCUGACGAAACUCCGGCCUUUCCAGGAUAAGGUCCAGCGCCAAUACUUGAGUAUAAAUCUUACAGGACAUAUGGAGGAGAUGCUGCAGACAGCCUACAAUAAGUUCCAUGCCUGGCAGACCCACCACCAUAUGCUGAGGAAGACCUGAGAAGAGGAUGAUUGAGAGGGAGUGGUGGAUACUGAGAAUAGGAGAACAGUCUGUUCUCUCCCAUGAGUUCCAUGGGACAUGAUCUCCCGACCUGAAAUGAGUAUGCGGAAAACCCACUAAACAGUCUGUCAUUUAAGAGAUGUACUGGAACAUUGCCAUGUAUCUUUUUUAUUUUUGGCACUGUCCCCCCUUACCCCCAUUGAAUGGCACUUACCUGGGUCUUCUACCAGACAACUGCAUUUGAGUGGGAUCAUUGAAAAUGGUUUCCAUGACAGUCACUGUUUGGUCUCUCAGAAGGACAAGUUGUCUUUCCAUGGAGGCAAAAGCAAAAAGAGCAUACAGCCAUCCUUUGUAUAGCAAAUGGCAAAAAUUCCUUAAAGAUGCCUCUUGACUGCUUAGUUUGGCUAGGGAAUUGAAUCUCUGGGAAGAGGAGAGGGGAGUGAAUAAAGCAAUACUGUAAUUAUC